AUGUACGCUCCCUAUCUUAGUUUAUAUGAGCGGGCUGAGAUCGGAGAGUACCCUCAGAUCUACUAUGUCGGACAGAACUGCCGCCACAAGAGAGCAGCCAGCAUGGAGGCUAGCAACAGCAAUUUUGGGUUCGAUGAUGAGCGCGGAGACUAUCUCAUUAUCAACCAUGACCAUCUCAUGUUCCGGUACGAGGUUCUGGAUAUGCUUGGCAAGGGAUCAUUUGGCCAAGUUGCCAAAUGUUACGAUCAUAAGACGGGUGAAUAUGUCGCUAUCAAGAUCAUCAGAAACAAGAAACGCUUCCACUGCCAGGCUUUGGUUGAAGUCAAGAUCCUUAGCAACUUGACCAAAUGGGACCCAGAAGAUAAGCACAACUUGAUUCGAAUGACGGACAAUUUUUACUUCCGCAACCAUCUCUGCAUCGCAACGGAGCUGUUGUCGAUCAAUCUGUACGAGUUCAUCAAAAGCAACUCUUUCCAGGGCGUCAGUCUUGGUCUCAUCAAGAGGUUUUGCACGCAGCUGCUUCAAUCGCUUGAACUAUUGAACAGACACAAUGUCGUCCAUUGUGACCUGAAGCCGGAGAAUGUGCUGCUUAAGCACCCGACAAAGUCUAGCAUCAAAGUGAUUGAUUUUGGCAGCAGUUGUCUUGAGAAUGAGAAGGUGUACACGUAUAUCCAGUCUCGGUUCUAUCGCUCGCCCGAGGUGAUCUUGGGCAUGUCGUACAAUAUGGCGAUCGACAUGUGGUCGCUGGGCUGUAUUCUUGCAGAGCUCUAUACAGGAUACCCGCUGUUUCCCGGCGAGAAUGAGCAGGAGCAGUUGAAUUGCAUCAUGGAGGUUCAGGGAGUUCCAGAUCGGUAUAUCAUCGAACGGUGUUCUCGUCGCAAAGUGUUCUUUGACUCGAAUGGGAACCCGAAACUGGUUGUCAACUCCAAGGGCAAGAAGAGGAGGCCUGGAUCAAAGACAUUGGGCCAGAUGUUGAAGUGCACAGAUCUUCUAUUCCUGGACUUUAUCUCCAAAUGCCUGAUCUGGGACCCUGAGCAGCGCAUGACACCCCAUGAGGGACUGCAGCAUGAAUGGGUCUCAGACAAGGGAUCGAACAAGGCUGCGUUUAGUCCCGUACCUUCGGACAGUUCUGGAUCACGACGCAAGAGCUCAAUGUAA